UCCUUCCGUUGACCUGAGCUUCUGUUCCAACGCCGGCCUGUGCGGGGUGUACAGCAACUUCCCCUACGACUGUCCAAACCUUUGUGGAACUUGUCCCAGAACUUGUAACAAAGUGUGUGAAAACGGCGGGACUCAGAACACCAUACCUUGCCUGUGUCACUGUCCACCUGACUACACCGGGGAUAUAUGUGAGACACCAAUAUCUGCUGUGAACGGCGAAUGGGGUCAGUGGGGGGAGUGGAACACGGCGUCUGUCGGCUGCCCUGCAACCUGCGGGAACAUGGCCUACAAGACCACCUGGCGAACCAGGGCGUGUGACAACCCCGCCCCCUCUAACGGGGGUCAGGACUGUGUGGGCGAGGCGACACAGCCUAGACAGGAGAGCUGUAGACUGACUAACCCGUGUCCAGUUGACGGCAAAGUAAGCGACUGGUCAAGUUGGGGUGGUCAAACCUGCUCAGUUACUUGUGGUCACGACGCUACCAUGUCACUGUUUAGGACACGCACCUGCACCAACCCAGCACCAGCCUAUGGGGGAGCGGACUGCACGGAUAUACUGUCUGAGACCAUGGAAGUCAGCUGCAACCUUCCCUACUGCCCGAUCAGCGGCGGCAUAUCAGCCUGGGGACAAUGGAGCACACCGCAGUGUCCCCAGUCGUGUGGCUUGUCUGCCCAGAAGGAGGUGAGGAGGACCCGGAGCUGCACCAACCCUCCCCCACAGUACGGGGGACGUGACUGCACUGAGGCACGCUCCCAGACGGCGCUUGUCCCCUGCAAUAUUGGGCCUUGUCCAGGUGGGGUGGACGGUGGAGUGAGUGAGUGGAGUGUCUGGACGGGCUCUACCUGCUCUGUCACGUGCGGAGUAUUGGCCGUGAGGAACGUGACCCGGACGAGGACUUGCACCAAUCCUUCACCCCAAAAUGGCGGCCGGGAUUGUCUGGAGACAUUACUGGAAACAACUGUCAGAAGCUGCCAGCUCAGCGGGUGUCCAGUUGAUGGCGGCUUCACACAGUGGGGACUGUGGACCAAUCCGCCAUGCUCCAUGGCCUGUGGAAGUGCCACGAAAAGUGUGACCAGAACCAGGUCUUGUAGCAAUCCCACCCCACAGAACGGUGGACGACCGUGCACUGGUAACAGUUCAGAAUCAGAAGAAAGGAACUGUGGUCUUCCCCCAUGCACAGAUGCCCAGACCGACGCUACUUACAUGGUGUGGAUUGUGGCUAGUGGAAGUGUUGUGGCAGUACUGUUCGUGGUGCUGAUCGUCGUCGGGGUGGUCGUGUGUGUCAUGAGGAGACGAAGGGCCGACAAGACAUCAGGUAAAACCUUCUAUGACAGCGACGUGUGGACCACAGACGACAACACUUACACGGCUACCACCGCCCUGACCACCACCACACCGACCACCCCCAUGGACAAAACCUACGACGGAAGGCGUCUCUAGAGCAACAACAUGACAUUAUAGGGACACCCAGUCGCAGCUACGCCGCAUAUUGAAGCUUUAUGAAAGUCUGAGAGGCAUGAGAAAGCGAUGAAAUAGUGCUGCCAUGUCUGUAUAUAUAACGUAUUAUUCAAUGAUUCUUGGAAACAGUAUCCAUGAAAUUGUAAUAAAUACUAAUAAUGAAUUAAAUUGAUUCCAUGCGGAAGAAAUAGUAAUUUUGACAGUGAAGUGAUAAUAUAACUUUUUACUGUCAUGUCAA